AUGGCCGACUUGGGUUUUAUAACGCGUUGGCAAGUCAAGCCGCACUUGGACAUGGAUGUCCGAAGGCGGAACUUGGGAAGGGAUCUUGCGAGUUUACAGCCGCAUAAGCCCAUUCCCCCGGCCACUGCCCAGGGGCCAGAAUCCACUACCGUUCUGUGGGCGACUUCAGCGCUUUGCGGCCGAUCGAAGUUCAAGGUAAGGAAUGGCAGCUUGUUGAAAGCCACACUCUACAAGGAGUGGCUAAUCGUCAGUUUUGCUCACCCUUCCAAGAUGAGCGACCAGGGAGCCAAAGUAACGUCGGAUGUUAAAGCGGAGGAGGUUAAACCCCAGGCAGUCAAAACGGCAGGAGUUAGCGCCGAAGAAGGAGAAGAUGCAGAGGCUGCAUCACAGAAACCCGAGCCGAAAAAACGCGGCCGAAAACUGCAAGUAAAGUCGGACGAUGCCAAGGACCCCGCAGCAGAGGCGGACGCGGUCGAAGGAGGACGCGUGAAAAGAGACCGGAAGCAGGUGGAACACUACACGGUAGCCACACCGGUCAAGCAGAGCAGGACUAUCACGAUCCCGGAGGGAUCUGGCACGCCGUUGAAGGACAUCAAGCCGAUUGCCGAAUCCAUAGCAAAAGUUUCAACGGCCGAUGAUUUGCUGCACGGAUUCCACACCCUCAUUUGGGGAAGGGCGCAGCACAAGCAUAUGAAGGCGGAUAUCUUGAAGUUCAACGGAUUUGACUUCAAGUCCGACAAAGAACAUGAUGCCGCUUUAGCGAAGUUGGGGAAGUGGACGAUGAACGGCUUGAAGGAGUUCGCGGCGCUACUUCAUCUGGAGAGUGCAGGAGCAAAGGACGUCGUAAUCGACCGGAUUUUCAAAUUCCUGCAGAGCCCGUCGGAGGAUGGGAUCAAGGAAGGAAAAAGGAAACGCAACAGCAUCGGAAAGGCAAGCAAGACACCACAGAAGAAGGGCAAGAAGGCAAAAGCAGAGACGGAGGAUGACGAGGACGAAGAUGAGGUUGAAGGGGAUGAGGAUGAAGAUGACGAGGGUUCCCCGGAACCAAAGAAGCGAAAGUACACGAAACGAACGAUUGCCACACCCAAGGAGCCCAAAAAGCGGGGCCCGAAACCAAAACCGAAAUCUGCGUUCGAAGUGUUCGCAAAGGACAAGACGGGAGACGUUGAGAAGAAACUGGAGGAGGGUGAGAAGCUGGAGGCGAAGCUGGAGCAGCUCUACGAAGCCCUGAGCGAGAAGGAGAAAAAAUCCUAUGAGGAUAAGCUGGAAGAGUUGAAGAAACCUGCUACGAAGCCAAAGCGCAAGGGCAGCAAGAUCAAAUCAGCGGCACUCAUUACGACUGAGGACGAAGCGUCGGAUGCGGAAGAUAAUGAGAAAGAUGCGGGCGAGGAUGAGAAGCCGCUGAAGACGAAAAAGGUUGCGGAGAAGGAGGGCGGGCCGAGCAAUGCUGACAUCGUAAAAGCCAUUAAGGAUAUUCUGGAUGAUGGUAAGCUGGACGAACUCACACCCAAAGCCAUCCGUGAGAAGCUGCAGAGCCAUUUCGGCACCAAUAUGGACGAUAAAAAGAUGUUUAUCAAGGAGAGCAUUGACAAGAUUCUUUCUGAGUGAUACCUUUAUUGUGCUUCGGAAGUGAAUCCCUACCAGUUCUUGGAAUAGAAGUCUGGGCUUAAAGGCCAGUAUGACAGUGUGAUACCCCUUCUGUACACCGCGAUGGAUACGCAUGUAGGCGGGCGAGAACAGCGGGUUGUGUGUAAAGGACAAUAUAAUGUACAUGACAGAUGUCCUUCAUUGCCUGAGAUGCAAACAAGCUGGUGAACCGAGCAGACAAGAAUUGUAUGUACAACAGUGUAAACUGUUUAAGUUAACGUGUUCGAGGGAUGAUUCUAGACGGGAUGUGAAUGU